AUGUCCAACGUGGCACACUCCGAAGGGUCCCGCACUCGAGAGCAGUGGGUAGACGACCUGCUCGAACAAAUUACACCACAAAAGGCUCCCGAGGAUGGUCCGUCUAGCACCUCUGAUGUUGAAAGCCCGCUCAACGCGCUGCAGCAUCAUUUCGACGAGGGCCAGCGUCGCAUUGAGUCAACCUAUAACAACCUCGAGAAGUCAUUUCAACAACUGAUCGAACUCAACACGGCCCGCGAGGCGGAGCGCGAGGAAGAUCUCGACUUCUUCGAUGCAUUGAAAGCAUCAUUGGACAAAUUGAAAUUGCACUACAACAAGACACGGACCGAAUACCUGGAAGAAGUAGCCGAGAAGUUCCUUAAGACCGGGCAGUUAUGGUUUCUGAAGGAGGUCUCAAGCAUGAUGGAUUCUGAUAUCCUCCUCGAUUGUCGAAUUGUCGAUGAUAUCAAGAAGCGCGACGGCUUGAAGGCACACCUUGUCGGCUUGGGCUUUCAUGCAGUAUACUCGCUGGACCCAGCUAUAUACCGACGCCAUAUCUACGCUGCGCCUGCGGACAUAGUUCAAACCCUCAACUUCCGAGCAGAGAUACUCCACCACAAAUACUACAAAAAUGUAGUUGACCAGGCUGCCCUCCGGGCAAUGAAAUCCAAGUGUGGCGAGAUCAUCUCACUGUGGAAGAAACAUGUCGACUCGAUCAAGGAAUAUCCUGAUGAUGCCGAUGAGGCGAAAGCCGUCCAACUUGUUGAUUAUCCUGAAGAAAUCAAGGCAAAGAUCGCCGAGCUAGACGAGAUGGAUGCAUCAUGGGAGAAGAAAGAGACUGCAAUUCAGUCUUCUAGGGCUCAACAACACGGUUUAUUGAGCUAUUAUCACGCUCGUUAUCAGGGAGAACCAGAAGCAGAGUUCUACCUACGCGAUGCAUAUGUGAUCAUCGCUACGGUUACGGUCGUGGUGUGGCUGUGUGUGUACAUUUCCAAGUAG